CAGAGUAGUAAACAUUAGACACGCGUCCAAAAAAAGCCGCUCUCCAAAAUGAACCUCGGACCUCGGGUAUGUGGCGUAACUCGAUCGGUCAAUCCAAUCAGUAAUUUUAUUUCACGGCGAACCGAGCCUGUCGAAGUUCGCGUUCAGUUCAGUUAUCAAAUCCGCUGAUUGGAUGUGCUCCACGGAAUUGCUUCGCAGAAAUACGUCCGACAUCCUUGUACCUGCAGACAUCGAAAAGAAAAAUAUAAAUUUAAAGAAAAAAAAUAACGCAGAAAAAGUGCGCGUGUUACACAGCUACAAAUGUGUGUCCAAUUAUUUGGGAUUACCUAGGCAUUCGGCGCAGAGUUUCUUCGAUUUGUUUUGGUUUUUAAACUUUUGAAGGUAACUCUCAUUGUUCCCAAUUCUGCAAAUAUGAAGAGAAAUUGUGAUAAUGAUCCAAGAAGCCCCAUCAAGCUGGCUCUUCCCUUAAGUAGCGCCUCCCCACCGGUUCUGUGGGGGGCAAGGCGUAAAACAGGACUUGUCUACAGCCGAAACGACAUUUAUUACAACCGGCUGGAACGACACAGCGCGAAAAUUCAUAGGUGCUUGCAUCUGCGCAACAGCGAGGAGUCUCGGAUGCCAGGCGAAGGUGGCGGUGCAGAGUCGGGAUUACACCGGCUACACCGAAACUGCUAUGACCCAGAAUAUGCACGGAUGGAAGCAUGGCUGGACGAGCAUCCGGAUUUCGUGCAGGAUUAUUUUUUAAGGAAGGCCACUCGUCAAGUGGUGGAUUCUUGGCUCGUGUCCCAUGCGACGCCAACCUCUUCCAGCGUGGAGCUAUCCUCGCCCACGCACAACCAGUCGAGGGGCGGCUCGGGGGCGACCACCCCCGUUCGCAAGAUCUCAGCCCACGAGUUCGAAAGGGGUGGCCUUCUGAAGCCAAUGAUCAGCACCAUCGAUGGUACCCCGACCUUCCUCACCAGCACAGAAGGACAGACUGGAAGUGGUCCAGGACACAGUCCGACGCCCGGCAGGCGGCAGCGCCGCUCCAGGCACGAGCUGAGACAGCUGGACGAAAAAGAGCUGAUCUUCGAACUGGUGAAGGAUAUCUGCAAUGAGCUGGAAGUGCGCUCGUUGUGUCACAAGAUCCUGCAGAACGUUUCGAUGCUCCUGCACGCAGAUAGGGGAUCUCUGUUCCUCGUGCAGGGUGAGAAGGCCACCUGCCAGACAGUCGGUCCGCAUUCCCAACGAGGGCGAUAUCUAGUCUCAAAGCUGUUCGACGUCUGCUCAAAGAGCACCUUGAUCGAGAUGGAAAAGAAGGAUGAGAUCAGGAUACCCUGGGGCACCGGCAUUGUUGGCUACGUUGCGGAGAGCGGCGAUCCCGUUAAUAUUCCCGACGCGUACAAGGAUGAAAGGUUCAACCAUGACAUCGACGUUCUGACUGGAUAUAAGACGAGGACGCUCCUCUGCAUGCCCAUCAAAGAUACCAACGGCGAUGUUCUCGGGGUGGCGCAGGUAAUAAAUAAGGUCGGGGAUGCUCCGUUCACGGAACAGGAUGAGAAGAUCUUCUCUAGCUACUUGCAAUUCUGCGGGAUCGGCCUGAGGAACGCUCAUUUGUACGAGAAAUCCCAGCUGGAGGUGAAGCGUAAUCAGGUGCUUCUAGACUUGGCUCGAAUGAUCUUCGAAGAGCAGAGCACGAUUGAGCAUGUAGUAUUCAGGAUUCUGACACACACGCAGAGCUUGAUUCAGUGCCAGAGGGUGCAGGUGCUGCUGGUUCAUCAAGCAUCCAAAGGCAGCUUCUCGCGGGUGUUCGAUUUCGAGGCAACCGAUUUAAAUGGUGAAGACAGCGAGUCCCGUACAAGCCCGUACGAAAGUCGCUUCCCCAUAAACGUAGGGAUCACCGGAUACGUGGCCACGACAGGAGAGACGGUCUCGAUACCUUGCGCUUACGAGGAUCCACGUUUCGACCACAGCGUUGAUGAUGGCACAAACUUCAAGCACAAGACCAUACUGUGCAUGGCGAUCAAGAACUCCUCCGGUCAAAUAAUCGGUGUCAUCCAGUUGAUCAACAAAUUCGAUGAUCUUCAGUUCACCAAGAACGACGAGAACUUCGUGGAAGCGUUUGCAAUCUUCUGCGGAAUGGGAAUCCACAAUACGCAUAUGUAUGAAAGAGCAGUUGUGGCCAUCGCCAAACAGAGCGUCACGCUUGAAGUGCUUUCCUAUCAUGCCACUGCUAGUCUUGAUGAUGCUCAACGGUUAAGAAAAAUGAGAGUUCCUUCAGCUGCGAAUUUCAGGCUCCACGAAUUCACGUUCGAUGAUUACAUCAUGAACGAUGAUGAAACGAUCACUGCCUGCAUAAGAAUGUUCCUUGAUCUGGAUCUAGUCGAGCGAUUUCACAUGGACUAUGAAGUCCUCUGCAGAUGGUUGCUUUCUGUUAAGAAGAAUUACAGGAACGUGACGUACCACAACUGGAGGCAUGCCUUCAACGUGGCUCAAAUGAUGUUCUCCAUUCUGACUGCUACGCAGUGGUGGAAAAUAUUCGGGGAGGCCGAAUGUCUUGCUUUAAUUAUCGGCUGUCUAUGCCACGAUCUGGAUCAUCGAGGAACCAACAACUCCUUCCAAAUAAAAGCUUCUUCGCCCUUAGCACAAUUAUAUUCAACUUCAACGAUGGAGCAUCACCACUUUGAUCAGUGCAUCAUGAUUUUGAAUUCGCCGGGAAACCAACUUCUUGCCAACGUUUCACCAGACGAGUACUCGCGUGUUAUAAGAAUCGUGGAAGAAGCUAUUCUUUCCACCGAUUUGGCCGUGUACUUCCGGAAACGCGGAGCUUUCUUUAACAUAGUCAGAGAAGGACCCAGGUUUAAUACAGAGGAGCACAGGGAGCUUCUGAGGGCCAUGCUUAUGACAGUUUGCGAUUUGGCCGCAAUAACCAAGCCGUGGGAUGUGGAAAAACGCGUUGCCGAAUUGGUUUCUUCCGAAUUUUUCGAGCAGGGCGACAUUGAAAGAGAGGAGUUGAACAUUACCCCUAUUGAUAUCAUGAAUAGGGAAAAAGAGGACCAAUUACCGCUGAUGCAAGUUGGCUUUAUAGAUUCCAUUUGCUUACCUAUCUACGAAUCUUUCGCUGCACUCUCCGAUAAAUUAGAGCCUUUGGUUGAUGGUGUUCGGGAGAACCGCGAUCAUUGGUUGGAGAUUGCGGCAGCACAAAGUUUGAUACCUAGUGAAAGUAUGGAGAAGGAUUCCAAUGAUAAUAUGACCAUUUCGAAGCCCAGCACACCGGACUCCGAUGCUCCAAGUUCACCAGUGCACAACUACAAUAGUGAUUAAAACUACAGAAACAAACCAACAAAAUGAAACCAGAAGUAUUUAAGGAAGUCGGGGGAGAGUGUGAGAGAGAGAAAUUGUUUGGAAGAGGGUUUUACGUGAUUCGGAUUUGAAACUUGUGUAUUUAUAUGUAGAUAAAGUUAAUUUAUUAAAAAAAAGACUUAAAUUGAUAAUAGAUUUAGC